AAGCUCCUCCCCUCACCUGACUCACCUGAGACCAACCAGUUUCUCUUUCCUUCUCGCUGAAGAGAGACACACAGACUGACAAGAGACGAUCAGAUUCACCGUAAGAAGAAACCAACGACGUCCUCUGAUUGAUUCUACAGGAGAGAAAAGAGGGAAACUACAACCGAACGCUCCACAGACUGAAGCUUCGCUUUGAGACCAAAUGGCUUCCAGAUCCGAAGAGGAUCUCUGCUGUCCGGUCUGUCAGGAAGUCUUCAAGAACCCUGUUGUUCUGUCAUGUAGCCACAGCUUCUGUAAAGUCUGUCUGAAGAGCUGGUGGAGAGAGAAACAAGCUCAGGAGUGUCCAGUUUGUAGGAGAAGAUCUUCAAAGGAAGAACCACCUUCAAACCUGGUGUUAAAGAACCUGUGUGAGUCCUUCUCAGUGAAGAGAGACCAGAGAGCUUCAGAGACUCUCUGCAGUCUGCACUCUGAGAAGCUCAGACUCUUCUGUCUGGACCAUCUGAAGCCAGUGUGUGUCGUCUGCAGAGAUUCACAGAAACACACCAACCACAGAUUCAGACCCAUCGAUGAAGCUGCUGUAGAACACAAGAAGAACCUUCAGGAACCUCUGGAGGCCUUAAAGGAGAAGUUAAAGCUCCUUGAACAAGUUAAAGUGACGUCUGAUCAAACAGCAGCACACAUGAAGGUCCAGGCCCGAGACACAGAGAGGCUGAUUCAGGAUCAGUUUAAGAAGCUUCACCAGUUUCUAAAGGAGGAAGAGGAGGCCAGGAUCUCUGCUCUGAAGAAGGAAGAAGAGCAGAAGAGUCAGAUGAUGGAGGAGAAGAUGGAGGCUCUGAGCAGAGAGAUAGCAGCUCUUUCAGACACAGUCAGAGCCACAGAGGAGCAGCUGAGAGCUGAAGACAUCUCCUUCCUGAACCACUACAAGGCUGCAGUGGAAAGAGUCCAGCAGCGCCCCCUGCUGGAGGACCACCAGCUGCCAUCAGGAGCUCUGAUAGACCAGGCCAAACACCUGGGCAACCUGACCUACAACAUCUGGAGCAAGAUGAAGAAGAUGGUCUCCUACACUCCUGUGGUUCUGGACCCAAACACUGCUUAUCCAGACCUCAUCCUGUCUGAAGAUCUGACCAGCGGGAGACGAGGAGAGAUACAGAAGCUUCCUGAUAAUCCAGAGAGGUUUAAUGGAAGCUGUGUUGUUCUGGGCUCUGAGGGAUUUAACUCAGGGACUCACAGCUGGGAUGUUGAAGUAGGAGACGGUAGAGGCUGGUAUCUGGGUGUGUUACCAGAGUCUGUCCAGAGGAAAGGAUACUUACAGUCUGGGAUAUUGGGAAUAUUGUUCUAUGAAGGUAAAUACUAUGCACGGUCACCAUCAGCUCCAGACACUGUUCUCUCUGUGCAGAAGAAGCCUCAGAGGAUCAGAGUGCAUCUGGACUGGAACGGAGGGAAGCUGCGUUUCUCUGAUCCUGAUACUAACACACACAUACACACCUUCACACACACCUUCACUGAGAGGAUGUUUCCAUUCAUUUACACAGGAGAUAAAGUGAAGAUCUCACCUCUGAAGAUCAGUGUGAUAAAACAGCAGUAAGGAUUCUUUAUUUUGAACAGAAAACAUUGUUUUUUGACUUCUUUAAAAUGUUCAUCCUGUCUUUCUGUGUUUUUUGAAUCUACAGAUUAAAUCUUUAUCAAGUAUUUGUCUGUCUGGUUUUGUGUUGAGCGUUGUUGGUCACUGUGCUCUUAAAUGCGUGUGACUCUCAUCUUGAACGAAACCUUCUUCCUCGUCCUGCGUACUCUUAGAAUCAUUGUCCAUUACCAGGUUUAUGACUCAUAUCUUUUAGGUAGGUAGUCCAACAGAUAAGUCAAGGUCGCUUUUGAGUUUCCAUUCAUGGCCUUUUGUCUGUGGGUUAUAAACUGUUCAUUUACAGGCUCCUUCUUUCACUGAUUUACCUGUCAUCUUAUUGCAGUUCAUUGUGGAGUCAAUAACAGGAUGCAUAUUGUUGAUUGUAUGAAGACUUCACUCCCAUUCAGUGAAGACGUGUAUGACGCCAAAUAAAAGAAAAUCAUCCCUUCA